AUGAAACGAAAGAUGUUUCCAGGAAAAAAGGUAUAUUGCACAUCUUAUGUAAGUGCAUGGAGUAGACUGGGCUUUAUAGUGUGUUUUAGUCAUUUAACAUGUUUUUUUUUAAUUUACUGGAUCCAUUUGUAUUUGCAUGAUAGAGCCGACACAGAAUAUUUCAAGCUAUUUUACAGCUUAACCGAGAUGUGUUUAACAUCAAUUUGCAGUUGCUACCUGAAAACCUGGGUGUGUUUACAAAACAAAGAACUACAAGCUCAUGCAGUUACUUACUAGAUAAUAGCAGAUAAUAUUAGGAAACGUUAAACACUUCAUCAGUAUACAGUAUAAUCCAAAUACAUAACCUCCCUGCAUAACUAUAUCACAAAAUGCUAAUGGGAUGCUCUGUAUUUUCAUCCUGUUACUCACCAAACCUAAACCAUUACAACUAAUUGUUGCCUUGUGGCUUGACGUGAGCGACGUGUUGAAAAUUUAGCUUCAAUGAUUACACCACCAAACAAAGUUCUCACUCCCCAGAGCUUUCCAGCGCCAAAGAUGUUGGGUUGAAGCUAAGAGAAGCUCUGAAACAACAGCUCACCAUCAUCCACGAGAGAGUGGAGGCCAGGAAGAUAGCUAAAAUGGCACUGGCAGAAGUUAGGAGCAUCCUAGCCAAAGAGGAGGAAGAGAGGACCUUGAGCCGAAUAAGGGAGGAGUCGGAAGCCAAGGCAUGGGAGAGGGCCGAGGCGCGGCUUAAAGAGGAAGGAGAGAGAAUAGAGAAGGAAGAUGUGGAAAAGGCCAUGGAAAGGAUUAGGAAAGAGAAAGAAGAAAGGGAGAAAAGGGUAGAAGGAGAAGCAAUAAAGGCCAAGAAAGUGGAAAAAGAGGAGGUGGAGAAGCCAGAAAUGGAGAAGAAAUCUCACACUAAGCCUGUUGAUGUGGAAAAUAAAAAGGUUGAGAAAGAUGGAAAGUUCAAAGAACCCAAGAAGGUUGCAAUUAAAAGGAAACUGUAAUACAUGAGUAAUGUUUUUGUAUUAUUCAAAAUUGUCAGUUCUUUUCCUUUUGUGUAAACGUGUGUUCUUCAGAGAACCACCCUUUAGACCUUUUCACAAGGAGAGACCGCAUAAGUUUAAGAGCGCUUAAGUGACAUGCAGCGAAUUUCUUUAUGGCACAUUUGAUUGGCCAGAGCCAAAACAAGGUGCUGAUCAUUAUGUGGAAUGUCUUUUAAUUGUUUCUUUAUUAGACGGUAUUUGCUCUUAAUAAAUACUAGCUUUAGUAUGAAGAUUUUACCCUCACAGAUCAUUUUCUCUGAUGCUGUUCAUGUAUUAAAAAUAGGUAGUGUUACUUUACUAUCAAGGAGAAUCUUCAUGUGUUGUCAAUAAACUAUUUGAGUCUAUAUUUUGGUUUUCACUGCUUUUAUUGUAUUUCGUUUCUGUGCCAUAAGAACGACAACAAUAAAACCAAACAUUGUUUGCCUUUC